CCAUGAAGCGACAAAUUUUCGGCCCCUGCUAUGAUCCGUACCAGCGGGACCAGGUAGCACAAAAAAAACAAGAACAAGAAGAAGCGCGUGACGAGCGACCAACCAAAGGAUGUUGGUCUCUUACCUCAUUGAUCGUGAACAAUAUCUCCACCAUGGCCUAUGAGCUCUUUUGGAACACAACAUCAGCACAACCGCCGGUAGCGGUAACAAGUUUCAACGUAAAACAGCAACAGCAUCACCAUUCGCGACGUCACUCACUCUUCCGUGGCCGGGAUAUUGACUUUACACAUUUCAAGACAUCGUCCGCUUGGGAAAACAGAAUGCAAGAGGCCGAACGGUCGAUUCGUGGUAUUUGUUUGCAAAGCCAACAACAGCAACGAGACUACCGACUUGCGGUCGAAGAAGAGGAUAGCAGAUGGGGCCUGGUGGACGAGAAAGAUCUCGAAGUCUGCUUCUUGGCACCCAUGCCACCUCCGGAACCCAAACGCACUUACAUUAUCAUCCGAGAAGUACCUACACCACCAGGCGUACCUCACUAUUACCAGCAUCCACGCACUUAUCGUCAUCUUUUUCAUGAAGCAGUAGUACUAUCAUAGCAGUACUAAAAUAGGAAACCUUAGCCUUUUUCCUUCUUCUUUGUUAGAUCCCCUCUUCUUUGCAUACAAUUUAUUUUAGGACUUUAUUAAUCAAUUCUCCACACGUCCACAUCUGCACAUACACACACACGUCCAAUUAGAAACGCCAGAAGAUCUAUCAAUCAAUCAAAGAAACAGAAAAACCGAAACUACUGUAAAAUUAUACUUAGCUUUAAUCUUUUCUUUACAUAUAAUACCAAUCAGCAAGAGCAACAUACUGUACGUAAAAUUCUGACUCUUUAAUUUCAUAUCCACCCCAUUCUUCUUAAGUUUACAGUAUCAUAUAUGAUAUUGUGUUGUAAUGAGGAGAAAGCUGUGUGUGUAUGU